UUCAUUUAAUGAGACCCAUUUAAGGUAUUUAUAUUCUGUGGGAAAGGGACAAGGCCAAUGGAACACAAUGACAUGCUGGGAAAUAUGUAUUAUGGGGAUAUUAUUUAGGAAAUUGGGCUGCACAUAAUCGGGUGGAUAAAGGAUUUGAAAUCACAUCUACCAGGAUCUAUUUGUCUAACUAUUGGAUAAGGCUCACUGGCAUCUCAGGAUGCAAAAGAUGGAUGGUGUUUCCCUCAAACCAGCAAAUCUCCUAGCACAAUGAUAAAGAAUAGAUAAGAGUCAAGGUCUGAGAUUACCUCCCUUUCAAACUGCUUCAUUAGGUACAUUUUCUUCCAAUUUGUGCCUACUGAACCAGACCAGGUGUCGUGACCUUUAAGUUAACUGUAUUCUGGGAACCCUUGGGGUCCCUUUAUAUACCCACGAGUAUGAUCUUUCCACCAGCAUAUUAGUUUUAUUAUGACCCCUGUCGGGGUAGGUUCCUUGUUCCUUGUCAAUCAUUGGCUUAUUGGAGAAAUCAGCAGUCAGACUAUCUUCUUUAAAUCAAUCAAACCUUUAUUAAUGCAAUUGCAGAGAGAAGUUAACAAUGGAAGCACAGCAUGCAUCUUUCAGAGUAAGUUCUGCAACUAACCAAAGGGCGCAGCUGAUUAUAUGUGCAGCAAUAAGCUGAGGUAACCUAGUACAGUAGCUUCUCUGAAUUCAUUAGUAUUGACCACUCACACAAGAUCAAAAUGUCAAGACCAGACAGUUGUUACUUCUCUUUAUCUAGUUUCGAUCUGACUUACACCCAGCCUGCAGGCACACUUGCUACGGCUUAACCGCAAAGAUGAAAAUAGAUAGCUUGUGCAAAGUGUAGGCACACUUGCUACGGCUUAACCGCAAAGAUGAAAAUAGAUAGCUUGUGCAAAGUAUAGGCACACUUGCUAGGGCUUAACUAGAAAAGAUGAAAAUAGAUAGCUUGUGCAAAGUACAGAGUCAGAGUUCAGACACAUAGCAACAGUACAACAGUGAGAAAAGCAUAUGAAUCUUAAAGUCCCCUUAAUAAUGGGGAGGGUCUUUGGGACCCUACACCCCAUAAUCCCUGGGCUGUUGGUGUACACACUCGGAGCCAUCUGCCUAUAGAACUCCAUAAGAGAUAACACACUGUACACCCACACACACUCUCCACAUUGUUGGCACCGGAAGAUCGUUUGCAUGACCGCAAGCAAUAAAAUCCCCAGUCAAAUGCAGGAGGUGCCUAGACAACCCUAUCUAUAUUGACUAUUUUCAGAGAGGAGCAAAGCAGCACACAGACGAUCUCUCCAGUUAAAAGCGUAUAGUUUGACCCAUGGCAAACUUCACUACUACGGAAGAUGAGUGCUGCGCCUUUGAGUCUCCCAUCCUGGACCAUGUCCUGCCUCCCAUCCUGGUGCUGGAGUUCAUGUUUGGGCUGAUGGGGAAUGUUGUGGCUCUGUGGAUGUUUAUUUUCCACAUGGACACCUGGAAGCCCAACUCGGUCUACCUCACACACCUGGCCGUUGCCGACUCCAUCGUCCUGUUCUGUCUUCCAUUCAGAGCCGACUACUACCGACGCGGCAAGCACUGGGUCCAUGGUGAUGUCAUGUGCCGGAUUAUGCUGUUCAUGUUGUCGGCCAACCGCAGCGCUGGCAUCUUCUUCCUCACUGCAGUGGCUGUCGACCGUUACCUCAAGAUCGUUCACCCCAUGAACAAGAUCAACCGGAUGGGCCUGAACUGUGCUCUGUGGGUGUCUCUGGGCCUGUGGGGGCUGAUCAUCGCUGCUACCGGGUACCUGCUGGCCAACGAACACUUCUUCUACCGCAACAACAAGACACAGUGCGAGAGCUUCAACAUCUGCAUGGGCUUCAGCCCGCUGUCUACGUGGCACAACACCUUAUACGUGACCCAGUUCUUCUUGCCCACUGCCAUUGUCACCUUCUGCACCUUCUGCAUCACCUGGCAGCUGAAGAACAAGACGAUUGACACCGGGGGGAAGAUCAAGCGGGCGGUGCAGUUCGUCAUGGCCGUGGCACUCAUCUUCAUCAUUUGCUUCUUCCCCAGCACAGUGUCUCGGAUUGCUGUGUGGAUCCUCAAGGCCUGGUACAACGAGUGCCAGUAUUUCAAAGAGGCUAGUUUGGCGUUCUACACCUCUGUGUGUUUCACCUACUUCAACAGCGUGCUGAACCCCAUCGUGUACUACUUCUCCAGCUCUGCCUUCAGUGGGAUCUUCCAGAAGCUGUUCAACAGACUGCUGGGGAGGAAAGAGGAGGUACAGCCAGCCCCGCCUGAGACUGGGACCGAGACCAGCAGUGCAAAUACAGUGUCAGGGAGGAGUAGUAACUUCCAAUCAAUGGUCCAGGGUGAGGGCCUGUACUCGCAAAGUGUCUCAGACUUAUUCAUUGYGAUCUAAAAUACAAACCUGAUCCUAGAUCAGCACUCCUAGGCCUACUCUGAGAAGCUUUUAUGAAAAGGUACCCAGGAGAACAAAAUAUCUGACUUUGUGUGAUUUUUCUUCUUCUACUCUAGUGGAAUAUGGUGUGUUCUAAAGAAUAUUAAUAUAUUGUGAAGGAAGCCAAGGAGGGUGGAGAUAGUUGAUACGAUUUUUAACAUUUUUAUGUUAUGUUGAUGUUCUAUAGCUAAAAGUAGAAAUUCAUUAAUAGGUUCGCUCAAUUAAGAAUUUGUUUGCAGUAUAACAGUGGAAUCUUUAAUGUAAUAUUUCAUAUUUACAAUACUUUGUCUUUGAGUUUUAUGUAUUUGCUGGUGAUUCAAGUAAAUUCAUUGUGAACCAGAAAAGUACAUUUCUUAAAGAAAAUGUGUGUUCUUGCUAGCUUGUCUUAAAGUAUUUAUGGUUGUGAAAUAAGGAAAUUUGACGUUAGGAUAGCCUGAAUGUUUUAUAGCCUGGGUGUUUUAAAGCUGUUGUAGCUUCAUUGGUUUAGGAGCAGGACCGUUUUGAAUAGCUACCACUGUAUAACUAUGGUUCUCAUUCAAAACCAUGUUAAUUUAUGCAUAUUUUUUAUUGUUAUAGUUCAAAAAGUAUAGAUAGGUGGAAAGAUUGAUUUGAUUAAUAGGAUAGCCUGAACAUGAGAAAGUUAAUUUAGUGUCUCUAGCUUUAACAGUUCAAGAGUAAAUAUUACUGUUGGUGGGUUAUUUUAUGAUAAUUAAAAAUGAUUUAAAUAGUUAUAAUGUAUAAAGUUAAAAAUGUUAGUUGUUUUAAUGUUUGUAGCUGAAAUGGUGAAAGAGCAGUAGCAUUUAAAUUGUCUACCACAGUGUUGUUGUUUGACUUUGAAAACUUUGAAAACAUUACGGUUUAUGCAAAUGUAUGCAAAUGAAAAUUAUUUAUAUUUGAUAAAAGUUUUAGAGGGCAGUUCUUCCACUGUCGGGAGAAAUGGUAAUGCAUAUUAAGAUUUCUGUGGAGGUUGAAUUGCUAAAAGGCUCAUGGUUUUUUACAUUUUUUGUGCUCUUUGAAACCAGCAACUGACGGUAAAAACAGACUUCUCAACAGAAGUGGAAAAAUUCAUAACCAAUUGGCACUACAUCAACAUACAAAUAGUUUUGCUGGAGAAAAUAGAAUGUCUACGUUGCACAKUAAUAUUGCUCUCUCACAUAUCUCAUGGUUUAUUUUAGGGAUGAGGAGACUGCGAUUCCUUAGUAAAAGGGAGUUAUGAAAUCUGAAGACACGUUACAUUAGCCGAGACACAUUAAACCAAUCAUAUUCACUGUUUAAAAAAUUAACUUCAGCACUGCACAGGUGUGUGAAUCGUCUUURUUUGCUUUUUUUGUUAUUUCGCUGUUAUGCCUGAAUUCGACGCAAAUCCAACUAGGAAGCCUGCAGUGUUGAGGAGCGGUUGGAUGAAACCAAUCCCAUGUCAAGAAAAACUCUCAACCUUGCCAGCCCGCUCUUAAUUUUUAUUCAGUUUGACUUGCCAUAAGUUCUGUGUCUGAACUGUGCAUAAGAAAUCUAGAGUGGUCUUUCCUUCA